UCAAAUUUUGUCAAUAUUGCGUUCACAGAUCAUGAUUUUUUUGCUGUAUUUUAUGGAUAGCGAGUAGAAUAAACGUGCGUUCUUUGUCUGGAAAAGUGUAUGGAGUUUUUGUGUUGAACAAGUCGGCGGGCCAGUGUUCUUGAUGGUGUCGGGCGACGAUUCAAAUGGUGGCCGAUUGUCGAGGAAAAAUACCAGGUCCCCAAACCGAAAGUCAAAGAAGGGAGAUGCAGACAUAGCGAAAGGGUCAUCGUUGCGAAAUGACUCGCAACCUUCUGUCCACAAAAGGAACCUUUACGUUGUUUCGUUUCCUAUAAUCAUACUGUUUAAUAUAUUAAGAUCGAUUUUAUAUCAGUUAUUUUUAAUUUUUAAAUAUUUGUACUCGGCAUCUCAUCGGUUUAUGAACAAGCCUCGUAAGAUCGGCGAGUGUAACUUGGAGGUGGUGGUAAAGGACGGUGUGGUGUCGACGGAGGUCGCGCAGGAGGAGAUGUCUCAUCACGUGGGUCCUGGGGACCCGCUGCUUGCCAAACAAAAACAUCAUCAUCGCAAGGCUUUCGAGUACAUUUCGAAAGCGUUGAAGAUUGAUGAGGAGAAUGAGGGACAAAAAGAAUUAGCGAUAGAAUUGUACAAGAAAGGUAUUUAUGAACUGGAGCGCGGCAUCGCCGUCGACUGCUGGGGAGGGCGCGGCGACGCGUGGCAGCGAGCCCAGAGGUUGCACGAUAAGAUGAAAACAAACUUGGGCAUGGCCAAGGACCGUCUGCACUUCCUUGCAAACCUAGUGGCCCUCAGUAAAUUGGGCGUUGACACAGAACCGGAACGGAGCGACAAAAAGCCCACGGAAUCACCUCUUAAGGUGCGAAGGCCUUUAGAGAAGUCGAAGACCACGUUACUAGCUCAUACUGAAAGUACGAACAGUCAAACGAAGCCGCCGACAGAAGUUGCAGGGCGGAAGCUGACGGCGGCGGGGCGGCGGGUGCCCAGCGGGGUGGGGGGGCCGCUAAUGAAGUCGCAGACCCUUCCCCGGUCUAUGGGCAGGUCUUCCUCCCAGCCGAACAGCUCGAAUGGGGGAUACGGCCGGUAUCCUGUGAAGCCAGCGUCCACUCCGCCCGCUGUCAAACGACAGUUGUCGAGCGCGUAUCAGGUGCCAGCGAACGGGUCGCCGGUGCGGCGCGCGGUCGGCGGGGGGUCGCAGCGGGGCACGCCCACCCGCAGCAGGACCCCGCAGCCGGCCCUGUCCGUGCGGGGGGUCGACCCGAAACUCGUGCAGCUGAUACUCGACGAGAUCGUGGAGGGCGGGCCCAAGGUUAACUGGGAUGAUAUUGCCGGACAAGAGACUGCGAAACAAGCAUUACAAGAGAUGGUUGUGUUGCCGUCGUUGAGGCCAGAAUUGUUUACUGGUCUCAGGUCACCGGCCAAAGGACUGCUGCUCUUCGGGCCGCCAGGAAACGGUAAAACGUUGCUAGCUCGGUGCGUGGCGGCGGAGUGUUCAGCGACAUUCUUCUCGAUAUCAGCGGCGACGCUCACCAGCAAAUACGUAGGCGAAGGCGAGAAGAUGGUGCGCGCGCUGUUUCAAGUCGCCAGAGAGCUGCAGCCCUCGAUAAUAUUCGUGGACGAGGUGGACUCGCUGCUGUGCGAGCGGUCGUCGGGCGAGCACGAGGCGUCGCGCCGGCUCAAGACCGAGUUCCUCGUGGAGUUCGACGGGCUGCCCGCCGCCGGCGCCGACAGGCUCAUCGUGAUGGCCGCCACCAACAGGCCGCAGGAGCUGGACGAGGCCGCGUUAAGGCGGUUCCCGAAGCGCGUGUACGUGUCGCUGCCGGACGCGCGCACGCGCGCGGCGCUGGUGCGCGGCGUGCUGGCGCGCGGCGCGGCGGCGGCGGCGCUGCACGACGACGAGCUGGCGCGCCUCGCCGCGCUCACCGACGGCUACUCCGGCAGCGACCUCACCGCGCUCUGCCGCGACGCCGCGCUCGGACCCAUCCGAGAAUUGGAUCCUGAGGAGGUGAAGUGCCUGGACCUGUCGCUGGUGCGCAGCAUCACGUUCCAGGACUUCAUGGACGCUCUGAAACGGAUCCGGCCGUCGGUGUCGCCGCACAGCCUCGUCGCGUACGAGAAGUGGUCCGUACAGUACGGCGAUCUGGGACUAUGAGCCAUGUAUAAUACAGGUAUUGGUUAUGAAUCUAAAAGAAAGGUGAGUCACUAAGUUGUAAGAAUAUUAAGGUGUAGUUAGAGAAUUGAGAACGGUUAUGCGAAACGAUGGUGAAUUUAAUCGAUUCAAUUACAGCUCAAAUUUUAUCGAGAAUCUCGCGAACAAAUUUUAUUUCUGUCUUUAUUAAUUUAUUUAUUGAUUCCACUGCAUUAUGUUAUAUAUGACAUGUUGUAAUGUUUAAAAAAUAAUUAAUAAUUUUGUUAUUAUAAAUGGGUGCGAAUGUGUUUAUCGCGUCUAGUCAAAGUAACUUAUCGAUUGUCUGUGUGUUGAAAUAUUAUCGAUAAAUGUGAUGUUUUGUGUAAAACUUGCCAUAAUAGCAUUUCCUUUACUUUUGUCGAGAUUACAAAUUUACGAAAUAUAAUACUCUGGAGUUCUGACUUGGUAUUGAUCAAUACUGCCGUCUAUUUUUUACGCGUGUAUUAGAAAGGAAUAGAUGUCCGAAACGUAUAACUAACGAAUAACGAAAAUGUAUUAACAUAAACAUUGAAUCAAAACACUGUCAUUUUCUUAGCCAAGUUAGAAUGUUAGUAUCGAUUAUCGAUGUACCUUUAAAUUCCAUACCAUUUAGUGUUGAAAUGCAACUCGAAUCACUGUAGAAAUCGCUUUCGAUGUUGUCUUAAAUCCAAUACGCUUGCUGGCUAAACGUUUCUCAGUAGAUUCGAGUUACAUUUAUCGAUUGUCACCCGUCCAAAAGCUCCUUAUAUCGACAUUUAUGUCAUUGUCGACUUAUCGACUUUUUGAUAGCAAGUUUGUUUAGACCGUAGCGAAUAUUAAUAUUGUGUAUGUUAACGAAUUAUGAUCUUUAAAUACGUCCCCUUUAAACCCUAAAAUGGGUUUUAGAUUCCCACACUAGUCUUUUACAUCUGGGAUUUUAAGCCGCGAGCAGGCUUCAUCGAUAAUAAUGAUGUAGGUGGUUAAAAUAAUUGUAAAUAUUAUUAGUGUAGUUGUACGUAUUUUAUAUUUUUCACUGCACUUGUGUACAUUGUAUGAUUUAUAUAUUUCAAAAACGUUUAACAUUUUGAUGUAGGGAAGUAAGUUUCCAAAUCUCUUGAUGAAUGUAUUAUCAUUUAUUAACAAAAGGAAAGUGUAUAUUCUUCAAGAUAACAAUGUGUAAAUAUUUAGAAAGAUAAAAAAUACGUCAAGAAUCUUAAAUUACAAUGUCGAUAAAAAGAAAACAGUAGAAAAAAGUUGUUUUGUAUAUUAUCUAUACACAAAAAUUAUUAAAAAUAUAUUGGAAAAAUACACUGUUUAGUGUUUGUUGUCGAGAUGUCGACAGUGACAUAAAUAUCGAAUGUUCGAUACUUAGAAUUAAAAGAACGUUGUGGAAUAUGGCCUCCGUGAUUGGCUUUCUCAUUGUGUUGGCUUAUUAUGGCUUGUUGUUCAGACUCACGACUUUUCAAACGAUGUUACUUGCCUUAAACAAGAUAAAUAAAACUAGAUACUAAUUUGUAUAAUUCUUCGAAAUAUUAAUUAUCAAAUAUUGUACUAUUAUUAAAUCUAUGAAAUUUAAUUAUAUUGUGUAAUACCAGGGCGUUUCUAAAGUGUUACCAACAAACGUCUCAAGACGUUUUUCACAAUAUGAAAGGGUAUUGUAAAAAAGCUGGUAACUUUAGAAAUGGCGCUGGCCAUGCUGAAGUGAUGAAUAAAUGAAUUUAAUAUCGAUAUUAGGUUUAUCCAAAAUGUCAAUAUAAUAAUGCUUAAUCAAAUAGUUGGAUAUAAUAAAAUAAUUCUUGUUACCGAUGAAAUAAUACCCAAAAACAAAAUAAUGUAAUUGUUGUACAAAUUGUGUUUACCUGUUUAUUUUAAGUAGUACCUCACGCGAAUAAUCGAUUAAUAAUGGAUAUAUUGCAAUCGAUGUUAGCUUAAUGGAAUUAUAUUUAAAAGUAUUUAUUUUUUUACUUUAUCGACAACUCUCGUUAAUCUUAUUUAUAGUAGUAUAUUCGUAAUAUUCAUUUAUAAUACAUAUAUUGGUCAAUAGUGAUACAGCAAAUAAAAAAAAUAGGAAUUAGUGAAUAAUUAAAACAAUAAUUACUGAAUAGUAUAAUGUACUUUCAUAUAUCAAGUACAAGUGAUGUGCAAUCAUAGUAUCGAAACUGAAAAUUAUAUUUUUAGGAUAGAAUUCAUUAUAAAGUAAUUCUCCAAAUAUCUCUAUAUAAAAGAUAUAAAUAACAUUUUUCCAAAUAAUACAGUCAAAGUAAUAACAAAUAUAGCUUAGGAUACAUUCAAUAAUUAUUUACUUACUUAAGAGAGUUGUCGAUUUUAGUAACUGUUGAAUGUAGUUUUAGUAUUAACACUGCCCAGUGUUUGUUAAUUGUCCAUUAAUUUCUAUAUAAAUUAUUCUUUAACGCGGCUUCAGUCCCACUAACUUAUAUCACGUAUGUCUGAAGUGGGAGCGAGAUAGCAAAAGCGAUAUUUCGAAGCCGCAAUAGUAUUCAUUUUAAAAAUUGUUGCCGUCGUAUUUAUUCUAAUUAUGUUGAUUAUUGAUUAUUAUUAUUUUUUUAUUUAAUCUUGCCGUGGUGACGUAGUUUUCUUGUGCUUUGUCGAUAUUUAAUAUGCUGCAAAUCUUAUGAAUAGUUAUUAUGUUAUUUUACAGUGAAACGGGUAGCUGACAUUCUUAGGGGCACACUGGACGAUCAAUAUAAUUUUUAUAUUUUCAGACCAAUUUAAAUAACUGAAGACCAGUAUUCUAUAAAAAUUAGGAUCACAUUUAAAAAUUUGCACGCACGUGAGUCUGAAAUCUUAAAAUAUCGGGCCUUUAAGCCCCUUUUUCAAUAAACUUUCCGAGUCCCUAUUUUCCAUCUAUCGCAAAAAUAGACCAAUACGAACAAAGUCUUUUGACACGCUUACGAAAUGAUUUAUUUUAAUUGGUUCAUUUUCGGGAUCGGAUCGAAAUUCAAGCUUGGGAUCAUUUACCCAAAAUGGCCGUUAGAAAUAACGUAUUUUCAUGAUAACAAAUGUAGAGAUGGGAAAAAUAUUUGAAAAGUUCGUAUUUUUUGUACUACCGUAGAAAAUGUAUACGUAUAUGUUUUUACGAUCGUGCCAGCCCUCGCGUAGAUGAUUUUUUAAAUGUUUUGCUCAACGGGAAGUGAAUUGGAACAUUUUCGAGCGUAAUGAAUGAAAAUAUAUUUUCAUAGUAGUUGUUAUAAAAUUGUCUAUCUCUUCUAUUCAACUUAUAUCAUGUAUAGGACCAUGCGAUGUGAGUAGUGUGCCAUUUAGACAACUGACUGUUAAAGACUGAACAUAUUUGUCCCAGCUUAUGUGCGUAGAUGUCGAACAAUUCAUAAAAUUCUUGUAAAAGGGAUAAAUGUGGUUUGUCUUUAAUGAGACCGUCGGGACAAUCUAUAUGUUAUAAAAAUACUAAUGCCGCGUUUUUUAAGCAUAGUUUUUCUUAUGUCACUUUUUUGUGCCUUUUUUAAUUCUUCUAUCUUUUUGUCUUGACUUUUUUCGAGUUCAAUCCUUCAAAACAUUGUAUUCUUUCCUGGUCUCGAUGGUUCUGUAUGAGUAUUCUGUAUGAAACGCAAUAUUUUUGUAUGUUCGCUUUCAGUCAACGUGGAAUAGGAUUAUCAAACUUAUUCAGUAUCGAAGUUAGUGUUGCGGCGAAGGCACACUAAAAGCGAUGUGCUACUUGUAAGUAUACUAAUAAGUUAAAAAAUUUAAUUCAUAUUUAUGAUAUAUACCACAUGCACCUAUUCGGUAAAAAGUAUUAAUAUUUGCCAGCAUUUUUUUUUAUAUGUAACCCAAUGAUAGUGUAAGAUGUUGCGUUAAAUGGGUUUCAUUGUUUAACUUGUCAUGUUCAUCGAUUUAAAAGGUCGUCUAUUGGUGUGCUUUACCGCAAACAUUCAAUCAAGCUAGUAACCGCGUAACAGUUAAGCGAAAUUAGUUUUUAAACGAUAGAUAUAACAAAUUUCCUAAAAAGACAGCGAUUUUUAGAUUAGUGCAGUUAAAUUAGUGGCUAUUUCUACGUUUAGAUAUAUUAAACUUCCAAUAUGUUUAUGCUGGAUUGUGAUGUGUUGUGUGAUUUUAUGGUAAAUGCUACUGAAAAAUCAUUCUGUUUUCAUAAUAAAUUACGUUCUAGAAAGUUCUUUAAAACUAAGGCUCUAUCCACACACCGGUGUUUAGGACAAAAGUUUUUAUAUACAACUUGUCAUGUAUUUUCAUGUUCAUGUAAACAUCAAAGUGCAAAGGACUUACAAUAUAUUUAAUGCUCGAUAAAAACUUAUAUAUAACUAAUACUUAUAUAUAACUAAUAUUGUCUAAUAUAUAAUGGACAGAAUGCAGAAAUUAUCUUCCAAUUCAAUUCUUUCUAUUAUAAAAUCGCACAACACAGUGUAGAUACGUCAUCUGUAGCUAGUGUUACCAUUCGUAGUACUAAAGUAGUCUGAUAGAUGUUAAUUUUCGCUCUUUAGAUAGAUGGAUACUAUGGGUGAAGCUUGCCACAGACUCUCAGUUGGUUGAGUAGAUAGUUCGGUAAGUUGAUAAUAAUCGCAGAGUGUUUAUGUAAGACGGUUUAAUGCAUUUAUUGUAUUUUCUAAAAUAUAAUCGAUAAGGUGUGAUCUCAAAUGGACGUUGUUUAUACUUACUGUAGUGAGUGAAGUCGCGCAAAGUUUUUCUGUAUAUUGGGAAUUGGAAAAGAAUGCGUAACGCCCUAGUGGUUUAAGGUUUAUACAUUUUACGUACGUAUGUUAUUGUUAUUGUAGGGGAAGUCUGUACUUUUAUAUAAUCGCGAUUUGCGACUAAUAAUCGUUGUGAAUGAGAGUCUGUGGCGAGCUUUAUGUUUUUUUUUAUUAUAGAAAGUGUGAAGGCAAGUGUGCAUACGGCGUGGAGACAAAACAAUAAUAAUGUUGUGAUUUACAAAAUUAAUUUUAACGUUUCGGUUGUGGCUUUUUUUAUUUAUAUUAUUCGUGGCGUUUCGUAUGUUUUUAAAUUCUCGUUUGGUUGACUUUUGCUGUUUUAUUGCCGUGUUAUGGAUUUUAGAUAAUUCGAUGAAAAUUACAUCUGUUAUUUUUUGUAAAAUAUACCAGUAUUUUUUUAUACACAUUUUCAUUUUGUUUUAGCACUUCCCAGCUAGCUCCCAGAAAGCUUUGCGAGCUGCUUCAUAUACUAACCUAAAAAAUUCACAUAUCCAAAUAACAAAAUGAAACGCGUUAAUUAAUUUCGCGCGAUAUAUUUCCAAUGCAACUAAAAUGGAACUUAUGAUAUACUAUCGACUUGUACUUAAACCUUUUGACUGAUUCUAUUGCUAACAUAACUUUAUUAUAGCAUUUCAAAUUCAUAUAAUAUUUAUAAUUAAGCCCGCUACAUUUGUUUAAGUGACCAAGACGUUUAAUUGGUCAAUAAUUCAGUAACUAUCCGAAUAUAACAAGAUAUAAAUAAGGAUUCUUUGAUAAUUCAGAAAAGAAUUGCUCAAAAAUAGUAAUAACUGGAAAACUAAAAUAAAUCUCUGUAUUCAUUGAGAUUUUAAGCCAAGCUCAAAUACUUAUGUAGCAGUUUAAAACGGUAUCCUCACUCCUAUUUCCAAGUCGAUUUAAGCUUUGCAUUGCUGUGAUAUGGAUAAUAAACCCACAUGCCUUAUAUUAUUUUUACGCGCACCGUUUUUGAUAUGUAUUGUUACAUUAUUAAAAAAUAUUGGAUUAACAUGAUUGUCUGUUACACCACGAAAAAGUUGUUUUAAAUUUUUUUUCUGAUCUUCCGUCUACAUCACCAAAGGAUUUUUUUAUGUGAUAGAGAAAUUUACGAAAAAAUUAAUAUCGAUUUUUUUUUUAACUAAUGCUUGCAAUACAUUGUCUUUUGCAUUUGACAACAUGCUCACACUGUUUUUUUAGUAAGUCCACAUUUUUUCGUGCGUAUGACAAAAUUUGAAGCUACUUUUUGUGGUGUAGCAGAGAGGCAUCAAAAAAUUUGGCAAAAAAAUGAUGAGCUUCGUAACAAAUAAGUGACAUGCGACUGAUUGUUACAUAAUGUUUUGGAUAUAAUUUUAAAGGAUAAGGUUUUAAAUUAAAUGUCUGAAGUGUGUUAACUGCUUUAUUGUGCUAAUGUUGGUACGUGGAACUGUUUUGUACAAAAUUAAGCAUCAUUGACUAAUUUUUGUGCGGGAUUUUAUGGCAUUUGCGUACAUUAACUAUUUUUCUUUGUUACCCAUUUGAAAUAUGAACAUUAUUAAAAUUUAACGUCAUAAGAAUUUAUACUAUUUAAAAACACAAAAUAAUAGUUUUUGUACGCAAAACGUUACAAUCCCGCCAUUAUUGGGAAUAAAAAAUUCUAAAACGUGGUUGUAAUUGUUUUAAAAGUUCGCCUUUACGCUGUUAUUUUUUUAUUUAAGCGCACGAAUUUAUCGACUUGACUAAAAGUUUUUAUUAGUUAAGGUGUCGUUGAGUGUUAAAAAUGAUAAAAUUGCUGCCCACACCGACCUCCAUGUCACUUUCGCAACGCAUGACAUUUGAAUUUGGAAUAAAAAAUAUUGUCUAUGACACGCGUCGCGAAAGUGACUCGUGUGUGUGGACGCACCUUUAUAAUGUAUUUUUUCAUGAUUUUUCAUAAACUAAGCACACUUUUGCCUAAAUUAUCGUGAAUGUACACUACGCAUAUGUGAUACACGGUUUAUAAAUAAACAAUUCAUUUGUGCA